AUGUGGUUUCAGCUGGCUAUUGAAGUGCUUAUGAAAAUGAAAGAAGAUAAUCUACGAAAGAGUAUUGAAGAUUUGGUUCUUGUCUGUAAAAGACACUACGCUGGUAAUGGUCCAGCAGAAAAUACUCUUAAACAAUUAGAGGAGAAUUACACAUCGUUAGAUGCCGUAUGGUGGUAUACGGGCGAAACGUUCAUCUAUCGUAUUUUAAAUAGAGCCUUGAAACGACAAGAUUUUGAAAUUUUGAUUCUAUUUCGCUUUCUCAUUCGUGACUUACAUGAGCAGCUGGCUCAGGAGCAGAAAAUAAUUCAGAAGAAUGCAGUUAUCACAGUCUAUCGUGGCCAAUCGAUGACUCUCGACGAAUUGGAAAGUUUUAGAACAAAUGAAACCAAAUUUGUCGCCUUCAAUAAACUUCUUUCCACUUCUCUUAGUCGACGUCAAGCUAUUUCCUAUGCUAAUGCGUAUAAUCAAGACAGUACGAAAACUUUAGUUCUAUUUGAAAUUGAAGCUGAUACACGUCUAAAGGGAGCGCAGCCUUUUGCAAGCGUGUCUCAUUUGAGUCAGUACAAGAUGGAAGAGGAAGUUUUAUUCAUGCUUGGAACUAUUUUUAAAAUUUUGGAUAUUUCAAGACAUGAAAAUGAAAAACUAUGGAUAAUCAAAAUGGUUUUAUCAGGCGACCAAGAUAACGAAUUGAAAGAAAUCUUUGAAACCAUGAAAAAGCAGAUACCAGAAGAGACUAAUAUCGGUGAACUUGGAAACAUUUUCGCUAAUAUGGGACAAUAUGACAAAGCUACACGAUACUACAAGCGCUUAUUUAAUUUACUUCCAGAAAGUCACGAAGAACUAUCAUUAUGUUAUUGUAAUUUGGGACAUAUUUUCCUCAAAACUUAUGCUUUCCAGCACGCUUAUUUAUACUUCCAGAAAGGUCUGGAUCUAGAAUCACAAAAUUCAUCACCGAAUAAACGGUUGCUUGCUGGUUUAUAUAAUGGCUUAGGCUGUUCUACAAUGGAUCCCGAACAAAGACUCCAAUAUCAUAAACAAUCAUUGAAUAUAAUGGGAACUAUCGCAAUAGAUCCACGAAAUAUGGCAGGUCUUUAUGCCAAUAUAGGACAAGAUUAUUUUCAAAAAAAGGAUUAUGAUUCAGCUUUACAUUAUUACAACGAAGCAAUGAAGAUUCAGAAUGGGGUCUUGCCAGAAAAACAUCCGGAUAGAACAUUAAUGCUUACUUUUCUAGGAGAAUUACUUCAAUGUAAAAAGGAUUAUGGUUUGGCUUUAGACAACUAUAAAAAAGCAUUAGAGAUACAAUCAUAUUGUGUUCCGCAUUCAAUUGACGUCGCCAGAACAUUUAAAUGUAUAGCUGAUUUACAUGAUAUAAAAGAAGAAUUUAGUGAAGCAUUAAGUAAUUAUAACCACGCUUUAGAAGUAUAUGAGAAGUUCCCAUUGAAUACAUAUCAUUCUGAAGUUGAAGAAACCUUAUGGCGAAUCAGCGCAUUAUAUGCUAACAUCGGAAACUACAGUUUAGCGAUCGAAGGAUACGAAAGAUUAUUGUAUAUUCAGCUAUCUUAUAUUCCAUCAUAUGAUCUUACUUUUGUCGAUACAUAUAAACGACUGGGAGCCACGUUUGUGGGUGCGGAAAAUGUUCCUGCUGCAUUGGAUUGUUUUUAUAAAGCAUUAAGUAUAUUGGAACGUAAUUUUAAUUCUUCAGAUCAUCCUGAAAUAGUUGCGGUCAAAGAAGGCAUUAGAUUCAUGAUGCACAAUCUUUAA